GACCGCGAGAUCGUGACCUGAGCUGAAGUCGGACGCUUAACUGACUGAGCCACCUAGGCACCCCUAAUUUACUAAUUUUCUAACUGUAUUCAGUCUUGAUUAUAUAUUAUUUGUUGAGAUUUCAAAUUUUGAUGCCUAUGUUUUUCAUUUUCAAGUUUUCUAAUUGGUUCUUUUCAUAUCUACCUAUAAAUUAUUUCAUUCUGUUUUUAUUUGUUCUUUUAAGAUGGAAAUUAUUUCUUCACUUUUUUAGCACCCUAAGCACAUUGAUUUGAUAAUCAUGAGGAGAAGGAGGUGGAGGAGAAGAGGAUGGUGACAAUGAUUAUCAUUAUUAUUAUUUUAUUAAAGUCUUUGAGAGACUGUUUUACAAAAUUAAUCUCCUCUGAAGUAAUUUCCUAUUCCAAUUGUUGAUUUUGUUAUGUUGUCUAUCUUUUGUAGCAUUAGAUUUCUACAUGUCUUUGGGAACUUGAGUUUGUUUAUUUUAAGUAGCAUCUCUCUAUUUCUCUUCCUUUCCCUCUUUCUCUCCUUCUGUGUAAAACACUUCCUUUCUAGUUGCUUUUUGUGACUGUCUCAUUUGCACCCCUACUCCUGAUCUAAUGUCCAGAACCUGGUCUUAAAAUGACAAUAAGUGGCUCUUCUCCUGUAGAGAUAUGGGGAUGUUGUGGAUUCAGGUAGAGUGCCAACAGUUUCUAAUUGAGAAUAAUAAUCAAUAUUUACUGAGUUAAUACUAUAUGCCAGGCACUAUUCUACAUAUAUUAUUUCAUAUAAUGUUCCUAACAGUUCUAUGAGUUAGAUACUACUACUACUAUUGCUACGACUACUAUGACUAUUACUUCUACUAUCACUUACCACAAUGAUGACCAUUUUACAAAUGAGUAAAUUAAGGCAUGUUAAAUAAUGCCUUUAGUGAAGACAAACCAGAACAUUUGAAUGAAUGAAUGAAUGAAUGAAUGAAUGAAUAAAUAAUCCAUUGUUGCUGGUAGCAGAUAGACUGAACUCAGACCAAAUUAAUUUUCUGGCUUUUUUUCCCUAUCAUUAUUAACCAAAAACUAUGGGUAUAUGUCACUGGAAUAUAAGUUUGUAGUUUAUAAUAGUCAAUUUUAUUAAUAUGAAAUUAUUUUAUUUCUAUGAAAUUUUUGUAGUCCUAUAGACAAGUACUCUCCUACUCCAAAUCUCUAUCCAACUCUCACCCAUAGAAAGCACUUUAUAAUGUCAAGGGAAAAGAUGUGAUCCAAAGGGCAGGCUGAAAUGCUGAAAGUGAUACCUAAUAGUACCUAUCUCAUCUUUUUUGACUCUCAUGUUAAUUUUUAUUAUACUUAUUUUACAUAUGAAUAAAUAGAGUCUCCAGGAGUUAAAGAAAUUGCCUAAGGAUAUAUUGCUAGUGAGGGACAGACUCUGAGUCAGGAGCCAAACUUGUGUCUUCUGAUUCUUAAUUAUUCUUUGCAUGUUUUCAUCAUACCAUGAUACCCACCUGUAAUGAAAUACCCACCUAUAGCAAGAGAGAAACAGCUCCCCCUCCUCACCAUUUUUAUUUCUUAUAGAGAUGUUUAUAGUUAUGGUAGGUUCUUCAGAGAUCACGGACAGGAACUUGGAUGUCUCAGAAAAGAACAUCAAGGACUUUAUGGAGGCACUCCAAGUUGCUGGUCAGGUGAGGACAUCUCAGACAUCUUCCUGGCUCCAGCCAGCAUAAGGCCAUCUCGAUCAAGGUAUUUGGUUGGGCACACACCCAUUGUGCCAGGAGAGUGGGAAAAUUUCCAGUCAGCAGAGCACUACUUGGUCCAGUCCAUUCAUAGCUCCAGGUCUAGUUCCAGUGUUCCUAGUCUGACCCAUAUUCUUCACUCCUCAACCUCUGAUCCAGCUUUAAUCCUCUUUCUAGAUUUACUCCUCCUCUUCCUUUCUUGACCAGGGAUCAUUAUUCUCUUUAUUAUCUUUACCCUUCAACCUUCCUUUCUCCUUGAGUCCCCUCUCUCCUAUAGUUGUCAGCAGAUAAUGUCUUACAAACGCUCAAGUUGCUGAAAGUCAAAAUCCUAAAUAACAAGAUGGCAACUCCACGAUGCCAGAAGGUGACAGAUAUCAUCGUUGACUACAUGAAGACCAUGGUGAGGAGCUGUGCCUCUGGGUUGGGAGCUUUGGGGAAAGAAAGCACCCCAGGUAUGAGCCCAAGAGUUCUUUCUGGUGGAUGAUGACACUUGGAAACUAAACUAUGUGAGAACUUGGAUAUGAGUAUCUCAUUUCUAAACAGUUUGCUGGAGUCCAUAUCUUGUACUGUGAGCCUAUCUCAAGAACUGUGACAUAGACAGAACUGGAAGAUACAGUAGUGAAGUGAAGUGGUGAGGCAGGAGGAGUGAAAUGGAAAGGGGGAAGGAUUUGGGCUGUUGAUCUCAGAGUCUGACCUGGUUUUCAGACUGUGUCCUGGGAUUCCUUAGGUGGUCACCUUUGUUAUUACAACUCAACUAAGCAUCUCAAUCUAUUUACUAACUUAUUUAAACCCACAUAUCUGUAUGCUAACCCACCUUUAGACUGAACAUUCAUGAUAUCUACUUAUCCAUCUAUUCACAUACUUUGUACUUACUUCCCUGACAUUGGGUUAAUCUGGUUCCUUAUUUUCUUUGUUAACUACCUACCUAUGGGGUAUCUUCCUUCCAGUUUGCCUGCCUUCUUUGGCAGGCCUGUCUUCUGAUCAAGACCACUGACCUUCCAGGGACUUCCAAAGUUGCUUCUGUAAUCUACCCACUUUCCUGAUGAUUCACUUGCUGCUGCAGUGAAACCUCUGUGCUUUGGAAACCUUAAUCCCCACUCCCACCCCAAUACACAGAUUGUGCAGAUUUCUUGUCUUCCUGUUCUUUGCACACUUUAGGAAGCUCUUGCCCUCCAUCACUGGGAAGGUGUCUGUUGGAUGGGUGGUAGAAGCCAGAGGGAGAACUGGAGGAGUUGUGCACUGAAGUCCUAUUGGCUCUGGGGUUCCAGUCUCCAGGAAUAGUCAUCUUCAAGCUGUGGGACAGAUGGCAUUUGAACAACCUGCCCCCAAACGGUCUCCUGGUUGCAGUGGGGAGACUCAUCUUCUGCCAGGGUGCAGACCCCUACAUUGGUGUCACAUGGGAAUAUAUCCUGCACCUUCUGAGGAUGGCCCAAAAGGAGGAUGACAUGUUGGCAGUAUGUCAUGUGCUCAAAGGAUUGGUCAUCAGUGCCCGGAAACAUCUGGACCUGGGUACUAAGAAUGAUGAAAUAAUGGACAUCACACAAGAGGCGCUGUCCAUCAAGGCUUACCUCACCCUUCGGGUUCUCUUCAAUCGUUGGUCCCUGAGGAGCAACAACAAGGUGACAGAGGAAGCUCUGGUGAUAAUUGGUCAUCUCUUCUUCCUCAUUCCACCAUCCAAACUCAAGAAUCAAGUGAACCGUUUAACCCGAUGGUUAAUGACUUUGAUGUCUGCAAAAGUGGCACCUUUCUACAUUUCCCAGUGUAUCUUCCAACUUAUAGAUGCUCUGGCUCUUAGUGGCUGUGGAGGUAUAAACUUGGAAUCCCAGCUGGGAAAUAUUAUAGGCAUGCUGUUCAAACAGCUGAGUGAAACAGUUGAGGACUCAAAUCAUCACUCUGUACAGAACCACAGCCUUGCCCUGAAGGCCUUCUAUAUCCUGACCAAGUUAUAUAAUGAUCGGGUGGUAACCUUAAUACGAGAGAACGUGGAAUCCAAGGAUCCAGCCAAGAUAGUAUCAACCAUUCAAAUUUUCACAGAUGUGCUCCAGAAAGUGCCCCAGACAGAGCAACUGAAGAAUGAGGUGAUGCAUUCAGUCAUAAUCAUGAUUCAGGAGGAUCUCAAACCAGUGCAAAGGGCCCUCCUGAACUUCAUCGAGAUGCUGAUCCAGCAUGACUACUUGGCCCCGCCCCAGGGGAGCAUCAUCAUCAACUAUGUCAUCAAGCUCAGCGAGUCUGACUGCUCAAAUGAAGAGGACAUCCAACUAACGUGUUCCAAAAUCCUACAGAUGGUAACCUUGCCCAAACUGAUCACCUUGGUAUGCCAGCCCAGAAACACCUUGGCCUUCGUGCCCCUGAGUAAGAUGGCCACGAAAAUGGCUCUGAGGGCCCGUUCCCUGGGCCAGGUUCCCUACCUCAGCAGCUUUCACCUCAGGCCUACCCAGUUCAUCUCCCCACAGAAACUCCUGACCCAUCUUGUGAUGUUUUCCCUGAAGCCCUAUAGAGAAGGGGAGUUUGGUGUAAGCUCUCUAAGGCUACUAUAUGCCCUGCAUCCUAUCACCUCCCUGCACCCCGUUAUCAACUCGAAUGUGGGCCAGCUAUGGAUGACGGAGAUCCCACAGAUGUUGCAGAUGCUGGAUGAUCACACUGAGAAGAGCCUGAAUCAGGAGGAGUGGGAAGGCAGGCUGCUCCAGUUUUCAAGUCAGUCAUUAUUGGCUAUCGAUGAUGACAGCUGGCUGGAGCAACUCAUUAAGGUUGUCUUGGAGAGGAUAAAUUAUUUCAGCGAUGAUGAUGAGGAGAAGGCUUUUCUAUAUAAAUUCUUUGGCUUCACCCUGCGGACCUCGAGGAAUAUAAAAAUGGUGCAGAUGAUGCUCUCCGCCAUCCUACAAACUGUCCAUGAAGAGCUGCAGGAGAGGGAGGGCAUUGCUGUGGCGCUCAGUAUCGUGUCCAUGAAACAUCUGAAGGUAACCCUGGACCAACUGCAAGCAUAUAGUGCUAUACUCACUGACAAGAACUCAUCAUCCAUCCUCAAACUGAUGAAGGAACAUCAGCAAAGGGAAUGGGGGCUGGUCUGUAACAUCAUCUACUUAAGCUAUAGCAAGAUUAUUUCAGAGAGCAAGGGAGCCAUCUUCAUGCAUUUAGAUGACAUCCUGGCCAUUGUCCUGCAACACUACCGCAACUGUAUUGUAGAAAAGGAUAAGAACCUGAAGCUGGAGUACCUGGAUGCCCUGACCAAGCUAAUAAACAUCUUGAGCAGCCAGCCCAUGGCCUUUCAAUUCAAGUUCCCUCAGAAAAUAGAAAUUGUAACCUUUAUGAUGGAGUUAAUCAGGGAGGAGCCAUUGAAUUCCAUCUCCAGUUCCAUUAGGCAGAGGGCAAUGAACUUCAUCACUAACUUCAGGAAGCUCCAUCCCCUCACAGAGGUGGAAGAAAGAACAGAGCUACUCCAAACGUGCUUUCAGAGUGUGCUAUGCCUGCCAUCCACAGAGGAUUUGCAGAAGGAGGCAUCCAGUUCCCAGGAAGCCCAGGCCACUGAAGAUUUGCUCAUGGAGACCCUUCAAUCCCUCCUAAGGCUAAUGGAGACACUUAUUGUUGAGAUGCCUUCUCAGAUCCAGUACUGUUUGGAGCAUCUGAACAUAUGGCUGAAUUCCCAGAACGACAAUGAGAGGGAACGGGCCAUGUGGUGUGCUGCCCGUAUUCUUGGCUUCACUGCAAAAUGGAACAACUUUGGAGUGGAGAUCAAGUUCUCUCGGUUGGGGUGCUUGGUAAGGCUGCUGGCCAUGCGCUGCCAGGACCCAGUGGACAACAUCUGCUUCCUGUCUUCACAGGCAGUCUACAAUCUCUACCGUAUCCUCCUGCUGCAAAAGCAGAUGCAAAGGAAAAAACAGGGCUUAUGGGAAGAAGAGGGCAAGAGUGAAGUCUAUAGUGCCAACGUGUUCUAUAACAACACCUUUGAGAUUGCCAAGGCAUUUGCAGAGUACUUCACCGAGAUGCAGCUCACCCACCUGGUGCUGACGGCCAUGGAGGGUCUGACUGACAGCAAGGCCACGGUGUCUCUGGCAGCAGCCCAGCUGAUGAGUGCUGUCAUGAAAGAACGGGGCAGAGAUAUGAUAAAGAUUGAAGAAAUUGUGGAGGGGAUUGUGGGACGGCUCAACUUACAGCUGGAGCCCAACACGCAGGAGGAGACAAUGCGGGCCAUGUGCUUGCUGGCUGGCAACAACACCCACAGGGUUGUGCCCAUGCUGCUCAACAAGACCCUGCCUUGGGACAGAACCAAUCUGGCCCUUUGGAAGGCAUUUGGCACCCGGCGAGAGACCACAAUCAGCGUCCUGCAGCUGCUCAUAGGCAUCCUGGAAAAGCUCCACUCCAGAGAGGAAUCUAGGGAGAUGGCCUUCCAGCCUGUGGCGGUGACAUGUGCUUUGUGUGAGAUGCUGUCAGGGUCCCUGUGCCAGGAGGCUGUCCAGGAGCUCUACCCCCGGCUGUUGCUGGCUAUACUGCAUCAUCUCUACUGGGUGAUUGAACAAAACGUCCCCCAGAAGAUGGUGGUCUACAACAGGGAGGAGGGCCCAGGCCACAAAAGCAAGCCCUUUGAUCCUACUAGUUGUGCCUUGGAGGUAGUGAAGCUGGUGUUCAUGGCAGCUGCAUAUGAAGGAGUGGUGGUCUAUGCAAAUCAGCAUCACUGCUGGGACCUUCUGUCCAGCCCCAAGUUUUACUACAUAGGGAUCAUGGACCUGACAAGUGGCAUUGUGAAGAACUGUGAACCUGCCAUCCUGCAUCGAAUCCUCAACCUCAUCAGGAACAUCCUCUAUAGCUCCAACUAUCACAGGAGGAUUCUGGCCAGGACUUUCUAUGCACAGCUGCUCUGGCACCGAUCAGUGGCUCAGACUGUGGGGCAAGACUUUUUGGGCAAUCUAAUCAAGUGGACCAACGAGCCCAACAUCAUUAUGAAAGAAGUUGGGCUCCGUGGAAUCAGUAACCUCGCAUUGCACCCAGGACAAUCAGAAUCUCUGAAGAGCCAGGUUCCAUUCUUGCGAGACUUCCUGAAGAAUGAGGCACGAGUGACAAUGCAGGCAGUAAAGAGCCUACGGAACAUCAUCUGCUUUGGGAAGCAACAGAACACCAAGGUGGUAUUUUGCAGCAUCUCCAAGCAGCUGCGUCCACUCAUCAAUGAUGAGAGGGACCUGGUGAAGAUCUCGGCCACCUCUGCCCUGGGCCACAUGCUGCAUCGAGUUCACAAAUUCAAGCCGGGAGCCAUCACCCGAAGAGAGAUCUACAGUUUUCUAGUCCCGCUGCUGCUUAGCAUUCAGGAUAAUAACACCGAGGUAGUCAAGGCCUGUGGAGGGGCCCUGACUGAGUGGACUAAGGUGAUUGGCUGGUCAUCACUCACACAGACAUUCCAGCACACCACCCUCAGUGAUCACAUCCAGGUAUUGGAAGAAACGUGCAAGUACCUGGUGGGCACAAAAAAAAUACAGCUUGUGGGGGAGUUUCUGUCCCAGAGCUUCGACUUCCUGACGAGCCCUCAGUCCUUCCUACGGGAAGCUGCCAUCAACUUCAUAGGAUUAACAAUUAAGAGGUUAACCAUGAAACGAAUUCACGAGGAUGAUGUGGAGCUGUUACAGAAUGCUAUUGGAAGUCUGAGGAAUGAUCCUGUGGAAUCUAUCCAGUCUUUGGUCACUACUACCCUGAAAAACCUUGAUGAAUAUCUUAAUCCCGAGUCUAUCUCUGCUACCAGGAUGAGCCAGCUGAGCAAUAACAUCUUCAAAGUCACUGGCAUGAAAACCUCAGAAAGAAAGAAACGACUGUUUAAGACUGUCAAACAGGAAAGAGAUGAUGAUGACAAUCAGAAAAAGAAUAUCUGGAAUUGGCUUCGAGGCCCUCUAAAUUCCUUGGGCAACUGGCACAAUAGGAGGGUGAAAACUACUCCACUCAUUAUAGGCAAUUCAGAUAAAUAAUCAAUAUGGUCACAGGUCCCAACAUCUGAAAGUCCACCUACAGAAGCUGGGCCUGCCCCUAAAUAAGUUGCACCUAAUUGCUCUGGGACUGAAGCCUUUUCCAUUUGUUGUCCAGAUAAGCAGUAGUUUGAUUCACAGUAGCUCUCCUACCUUUUUCCAACUGGACGGGCUACCUGGGAUUAAACCCAAGGAGGCGGUUUUGAUCCUAGAAGGCACAGUAUGUGUCUCUCCCUAGGGGAUUGUUGGCUCUCAGCAUAUACAUUUGUCAAUAAAACUUAUUUUCUCACCCUAA